CACAAACACAGACGCACGCAUGCAGACACAUAGGCUAUCCGGCUGUACAACGGAAUACUGGCCCAUGUGUGUACAUGUACACACAGAGAAAAGUGUUUAGAACUUAAUUAAGGAGUAGAAAUCGGACAAUGGAGCGGGAGUUGUGGAUCUAACGCGGCGGCGCAGAGGACUUGCAAUGGGCGGUGUGCUGCUGGAGCUGCUGCCGCUGCCGCUGCUGCUGCUGUGGAGCUGCCUGCCGGCGGCGGUUCACGGCUCACCUCUCCUCCUGUUUGCCAACCGGCGUGACGUACGAUUGGUCGAUGCAGAGGGUGUGCGGGGGGAGUCGGCCAUCGUUGUUAGUGACCUGGAGGAUGCAGCAGCGGUGGACUUCCUGUAUUCCGAGGGCCUGAUAUUUUGGACAGACGUCAGUGAGGAGGCCAUCAAACAGACGCACUGGAAUCAAUCAUCCAACUCCCUUAAAGAGGCGCUGGGAACGGGCCAGACUGUGGUUGUAUCAGGGCUGGACUCUCCCGAUGGGCUGGCCUGUGACUGGUUGGGCAGAAAGCUCUACUGGACAGACUCAGAGACUAAUCGGAUUGAAGUGGCAAACUUGGACGGCACCUCUAGGAAGGUCCUGUUUUGGAUGGACUUGGACCAGCCCAGGGCUAUCGCUCUCAACCCUGCUCAACGCUACAUGUACUGGACAGACUGGGGAGAGGAGCCCAGGAUAGAGCGGGCUGGUAUGGACGGCAGCAACAGGAAAGUUAUCGUGGUGGUGGACAUAUACUGGCCCAACGGUCUGACCAUAGACCUGGUGGAGCAGAAGCUGUACUGGGCCGAUGCCAAACUUAGCUUCAUUCACAGAGCCAACCUGGACGGAUCCGCACGUGAAACCGUGGUGGAGGGUACGCUGACCCAUCCGUUUGCUCUAACUCUGUCUGAGGAGACCUUAUACUGGACCGACUGGCAGACCCGCUCCAUCCACGCCUGCAACAAACACAGUGGAGACAAAACCAGAGAGAUCCUCAAUGGGAUUUACUCUCCUAUGGACAUCCAGGUCCUGGAGGCCCAUCGGCAGCCUUACAUCCAGACUCCCUGCAGUGACACUAACGGAGGCUGUAGUCAUCUCUGCCUGCUCUCUCCAGUCCAGCCCUUCUACAGCUGUGCCUGCCCCACAGGAGUCCAGCUGAAACCAGAUGGAAAGACAUGCAAACCAGGAGCAGAGCAGGUUCUGCUGCUGGCUCGAAGGACCGACCUGAGGAGAAUCUCACUGGACCUGCCAGACUUCACUGACAUAGUGCUACAGGUUGAUGACAUCCGCCAUGCCAUAGCUAUAGACUAUGACCCGGUCGAGGGUUAUGUCUAUUGGACAGAUGAUGAGGUUCGUGCCAUCCGGCGGUCCCACAUCGAUGGCAGCAAUGCCGUGGUGCUGGUUACCACGGAGAUCAACCACCCAGAUGGCAUUGCUGUGGACUGGGUGGCCAGGAACCUGUACUGGACCGACACUGGCACUGACAGGAUUGAGGUCACCAGGCUGAAUGGGACCUCUCGGAAAAUUUUGAUUUCUGAGAACCUGGAUGAACCCCGAGCCAUCGUCCUGGACCCAGUUAAUGGUUACAUGUACUGGACCGACUGGGGCGAGCAUCCCAAGAUCGAGCGGGCCAACCUGGAUGGGACGGAGCGGCUGGUUCUGCUCAACAGCUCUCUGGGCUGGCCCAAUGGACUGGCUAUAGAUCACGCUGCAGGCAAGCUAUACUGGGGAGAUGCUAAAACGGACAAGAUAGAGGUGAUAAACGUGGACGGCAGUAACAGACAGACUCUGCUGGAGGACAAGCUGCCUCAUAUCUUUGGCUUCACUCUGCUGGGAGAUUACAUCUACUGGACCGACUGGCAGAGACGCAGCAUCGAGAGGGUCCACAAAGCCACGGCUGUACGGGAGAUCAUCAUCGACCAGCUGCCUGAUUUAAUGGGGCUGAAGGCCACCAAAGUGACGGAGACUUACGGUACAAAUGGCUGUGCGCUGGAUAAUGGUGGAUGCAGCCACCUGUGCUUCUGGUGCCGGGGGGCUGUCAGCUGUGCCUGUCCCAUGGGGAUGGAGCUCCUCUCAGACCUGCAGACCUGUGUGGUGCCUGAGGCCUUCCUGCUCUUCACCAACAGGGACAACAUCAGGAGUAUCUCUUUGGGUACCAACAGCAACGACGUGGCCAUCCCUCUGACCGGAGUUAAAGAGGCGUCCGCUCUCGACUUUGAUGUCUCUGAGAGGAGAAUCUACUGGACAGACAUACAGGCCAAGACGAUCAGCAGAGCAUACAUGAAUGGCAGCUCUGUCGAGCACGUCAUAGAAUUUGGGCUAGACUACCCAGAAGGCAUGGCCGUUGACUGGAUGGGGCGUAACAUCUACUGGGCCGAUACAGGCACCAACCGCAUUGAGGUGGCCCGGCUGGACGGCCAGUACCGGCAGGUUCUGGUCUGUAAGGAUCUGGAUAACCCGCGCUCACUGGACAACCCACGCUCACUCGCACUGGACCCGGCCAAUGGCUACAUGUUCUGGACAGAGUGGGGGGGUCGGCCUCGUAUAGCCAGAGCCUACAUGGACGGGAGCACCAUCACCACCCUGGUGGAUAAAGUGGGUCGGGCCAAUGGACUGACCAUAGAUUACGUAGACCAUCGGCUCUACUGGACUGACCUGGACACAUGCAUGAUAGAAAGCACCAACAUGCAAGGCCUUCAGAGAGAGAUCAUAGUGGACGACCUCCCUCACCCCUUUGGUCUGACUCAGUACCGAGAUUUCAUCUACUGGACGGAUUUCAACCUGCGCAGCAUUGAACGGGCAGACAAACGCAGCGGACUCAACCGCACUGUGGUGCUGCAGGGCCAGCUGGAGCUGAUGCUGGACAUUCUGGUGUUCCACUCGUCCCGUCAGGAAGGAACCAACGAGUGCUCCCAUAACAACGGCAACUGUGCCCAUCUGUGCCUGGCCACGCCCGCUGGGGCCCAGUGUCGCUGUGCCUCCCACUACACUCUGAACCCUGAUGGACGAAAUUGCAGCUCUCCCUCCAGUUUCCUGCUCUUCAGUCAGAAGGCGAGUAUCAGCAGGAUGGUGUUGGGAGAGCAGAGUCCUGACAUCAUCCUGCCCAUCCACGUCCUGAGGAACGUCCGGGCUGUCAGCUACGACCCGCUGGACCGGCUGGUGUACUGGCUGGACGGACGGCAGAACAUCCGCAGGGCCAGAGACGAUGGAGCCAUGUCCUCCAUGAUCGGGAGCAGCGGUGCUCAGCCAGCUGACAACCAGCUCCACGACCUGAGCCUGGACCCCUACAGCCGCCAAGUCUACUGGACCUGUGAGACCACCAACACCAUCAACGUCCAGCAAAUGGAUGGACACACUGUGGGCGUUGUCCUGAAGGACGAUAGCGACAAGCCACGGGCCAUCGUGGUCAAUGCGGAGAAAGGGUACAUGUACUUCACCACGGUGCAGGAGCGCUCAGCUAAGAUCGAAGGAGCCAGUCUGGACGGGACGGAGAGGGAGUCUCUGUUCACCACGGGUCUGAUCCGACCCGUGGCUCUGGCUCUGGACAACAAACUGGGGAAACUGUUCUGGGUCGACGCCGACCUCAAACGCAUUGAGAGCAGUGACCUGACAGGAGCCAAUCGCAUUGUCCUCCAGGACUCCAACAUUCUGCAGCCCAUGGGGCUGACCAUUCUGGGGGAGCACCUGUACUGGAUCGACCGGCAGCAGCAGAUGAUCGAGAGAGUGGACAAACUGACUGGAGACGGACGCACGCGCAUACAGGGACGGAUAUCAUACCUGACCUCCAUCCACGCUGUAGAAGAGAUGGACCCCCAGGAGUUUGCAUCCCACCCCUGUUCCCGCGACAACGGCGGCUGUUCCCACAUCUGCAUUGCUAAGGGGGACGGCACCCCCCGCUGCUCCUGCCCCAUGCACCUGGUGUUACUGCAGGAUCUGCUGCACUGUGGAGAGCCUCCCACCUGCUCCACCGAGCAGUUCACCUGCUCCACCGGCGAGAUCGACUGCAUUCCCAUGGCCUGGCGCUGCGACGGCUUCCCCGAGUGUGACGACAGCAGCGACGAGGAGAACUGCCCCAUUUGCUCCGUUUCCCAGUUCCAGUGUGACAAAGGAGGCUGCAUUGAUGCCCAGCGGCGCUGCAACGGGGAACCGGACUGCGCUGAUCACUCUGACGAGCAGGACUGUGAAAUCAUCUGCCCUCCCAACCAGUUCCGCUGCGGUGACAACCAGUGCAUCACUAAGAAGCAACAGUGCGACAACUACUCUGACUGUCCCGACGGAUCAGACGAGCUCGCCUGUGAGUAUGUGUCUCCCCCCUCCAGUGGCAUCCCUAACACCGGGCCCAACACCAUCGGCCCAGUCAUCGCCAUCAUCCUGCUCGUCUUUGUGAUCGGGGCAGCUUACUUUUUCUGCCAGCGUAUGGUGUGUCGCCGCUACAAGGGCCCCAGUGGGACUUUCCCCCAUGAGUACAUCAGUGGUACGCCCCAUGUGCCGCUGAAUUUCAUCGCCCCCAGCAGCUCGCAGCACGGCACCUUCCAAGGUAUCUCCUGUGGGAAGUCCAUGAUGAGUUCAGUGAGCCUGAUGGGCAGCAGCAGCAGCGGAGCUCCUCUCUACGACAGGAACCAUGUGACCGGAGCCUCGUCCAGCAGCUCCUCAUCUACCAAGGGAGCCUUCUACCCUCAGAUCCUGAACCCCCCUCCGUCCCCGGCUACUGACCGCUCUCUCUACAACACAGAGAUCUUCUACUCCUCCAACAGUCCGUCCACCACCAGAUCAUACAGACCCUACCACCCAGUCCGAGGUGCCGCCCCCCCCACCACCCCCUGCAGCACCGAUGUCUGCGACAGCGACUACACCCCCCACCACCCGCCGGCUGGGCUGGCGUCGUCGGCGGGCCGCUGGAAGGCUGCGGGCCACGCUGCUCACGGCAAACACAACAAGUACUACAUGGACCUUAACUCGGACUCGGACCCCUACCCCCCGCCGCCCACCCCCCGCUCCCAGUACCUGUCGGCGGAGGAGAGCUGCCCCCCGUCCCCUUCCACCGAGCGCUCCUACUUCCAACCUGUGGCCCCCGCCUCCCUCACCCUGCCCGCCUCCUCGUGACCCCCCCCCCCCCCAUCAGCCCCUGAGCCCUGUGAGGAAGAAUGCAGUCCACCUGCUGCAGGAACUGCCUUUGUGUGGCCCGCGGAACCAGGGAAGGAACUCCAAGGGCCAACUUCCAGCCCUGGGGGGCCCUCACAUGUUGCAUUAUAUCAGCUGCUUAGGCUCAAGUGCCUUGCUCAAGGUGCCUACGUCCCACUUUGGUUAUUUCAUCAUUCCAGUCAUCUUGGAGCUGUCAGGGUGACCAUCAUGUGAUCAGUCUUCAGUAGGGCUGGGUAUCCUAUUCAAGACUUUUAGGCACCAACUGAACCGCCUCCUUAGUAUCGAGGAUCAGAAAAUGCCUCGUCAUUCAACGGCCAAUCUCAAUCCCUAAGGACUAAAUCUCAUCAGCAUCAGUGAGCCAAUCAGCAUGCAGCAUGCUUUUACCAAGAUCUAACAAUGUCUGUGAUUGGCUGUCUGACGUCUUGCAGGAAAAACUCUACUGUCUAGAGACAUAAUGUUGUAAUUUCUUUUUGUUUUAUAAAAUUGGUAUCAAAGUCACAGUAUUGGUAUCAGUACCGGUAUUGAAAAUAGUUGAGUGAUACCCAGCCCUGGUCCCCAGCCUGUUGCUCCGUGUGUCCCACCCUCCCACCCACUGCAGGGAGCAGCGAGGAGAAGACCAGCUCCCUCUUACAUCACUUCAUCCCAUCAACAGAAGAAAAAGUUGCUUUGCCGGGCUACUUUUUAUUCAGUGGGCCUAACUCCUCGCCUCAUGCUGCUGCUGCCCCCCUCCCACUCCCCCCACACCUUAACUCUCGCCAGCAUGGAACUCACCCACUGAGAGAGUCGCCAGUAGGCUCUGGCGUCGUUUGAGAGCUUCACUCCGCUUGUCUUUUCCCUCCGAGCGUCCUCGUUGGCAGACCAGCAGCAGGACUGUACAUAGUGUUAAAAUAAUAUGAACAAAAGUAAAUCAGAGAGGAAUUAUUUGACUAUUUUAUUCACGUUGGCUGAUCCACCACUCCACACAAAAGAAAGGACAGCAAGAUGGGUGGAUGGAUGGAUGGAUGGAUGGAUGGAUGGAUGGAUGGGUGGAUGGAUGGAUGGGUGGGUGGGCGGGUGGGUGGGCGCGUGGGUAAUUGGACCGCUGUGUGCGUGAGCAUGUAUGAAUGUUUGGUGAAUUUAGGCUGAAAUCGUGGAUGAUGAAUGGAUUAUUGUAUAGAAGAAUGAGUGAAUUAGUGGAUGGAUGGGAUAGGGCCAAGAUCAAAGUGUGAAAUCUUUUUUUGUACGUUCUGAAAAGUGUGUCCCUCACAUUUCAAAUAGUGAGUUUUUUUGUAGUGGAACAUGGCGGAGCUUUUCCCCAAUCAACCGAGAGACAAAGACUAAUCUGCCGACAGUCUUCAUUACGCCAUGAAAUCGCCGUGUGACCACAACAUACCAAAUGAACAUCCACAUGUAAAGCUAUUGUACAUAUGUGUAAUGAAGUCAAUGAUUGAGUUUCAUUGUGAAUCUGAACCUCUUCCGUCACAUUUUCUUUACCUUCAUCAUCCCGUUUACCAAAAGUAUGUUUGCUGCUAUUGUGUACAUACUAUAUCAGUUACUACGACUUGUAAUUACACACCAAGCCUGCAUUUACCACUCGCAUAAUGACAGUAGACCAUGAAGCUAUUUUACAGUUAAUAACAAAUUAUUCUUAUAGCGACUUGUGUUAUUCGUAUUUCUGUUUGUGUGUAGAUCGUUGUGUAUGUUUCUGUGUCUGCCACCAUGUUUGGUUUGAAGGAGUCUUUUUUUGGAAAUAGAGAAGCGAAAGAGUUCCAGCUGAGACAUGUUAUCCAGAGCUGUUCCAGGAACCAGCCGAAGGUCUCGGGAUGCUUCAGACGCAUCUUCAAGAGCUCAGUGUCUUCAGCGUUUCGGUUGUCUCCACAGCACUGCGGAGGAAGGUCUGGCUGCUCCACACAUACAUUCUGGAAAAGGAGGGGGGAAAACUCGGGGGUGUUAGCAUUUCUUUACACCAAUCCCAACGAUCUGGGGCGGCGCUACCGUGGCUCUGCUAAAUCAUCUCAGGGAGGAACUUGUUCUGGUGGAACAUUUGCACCCCCGCUAAAGAAAACACCACAUCCACGACACAUUAAUCCUCAUUCAUCCCUGAUUUAAUUUUUACUUAGAUUCUCAUUUAAUUUCACGAGCUGACUGCAUCACAAACACUACUACUUCCUUCUGUGAGUUUUACUCAUCGACUGUAUAAAAUAGGUUUUACAGAGCUCCCGAGCGUGGCGAUGCUCUCCCUUCUCUUCUUUUACAGGCCUGUGGUGAUGAGCAAUGUGCUCUAGGUGCCAAGAAAAAAUCUAUAUUUGGUUCUGCCAAUCUGUUUUGUUUUGUUGUGGUUCAUGUGUGCAGAGAAUCAAGAUAUCACUUCUAAACUAAAAAAUUGUGAUUCAUAUUUUUUCCCCAAUUGUGCUGUCCUAGUUCCCUACAUUAGUAGCCUCGCCACUGCAAAACUAAAGGUAAAGGUUUGACUCACAGGAUGAAUAUGGUUUGAUCUUUGCCUCGUCCUAAAGUGAUGAACACUUUUGAUAAAAAAAGCGACCUAACACCCUGUUUUAGUCUGAACACGUCCCCUUUUUCUCUAAUGUGGGCCGCCCAAUCUGAUUUGGACAUCUGGAGGACACAAUUAUUUGAUUUUCUGUGGAAAAAUACAGGGCUGCAACUAAUGACUUUAAUUGUUGAUUAAUAUGUUGAUUAUUUUCUCGAUGAAUCGAUUAGUUGUUUUGUCCAAAAACAUGUUCGAAAAUGAUUAACUCCACCAGGUUGUCAUAACAACGUCAACUCUUGGGACAAACUUUACAUUUGGUCCCACAAACAUAUUCUGUCUCACCCUUUGUAUCGUGGGGUGUACAGAACAUCACAGCCCCCCCCCCCCACACACACACACACACACAAUAGCCGGAUUAUGUGGGGACAGCCUGUGCUUUCAGGAAGCUUGCAGCACUUAUUAUUAGUAUAUUAUAACAUUAUCAACACAGGCCCUAGCAACAAAAAGUGUGAGCCUAGUUAUGCACUUACAAAAAUAUAAGAUAUGUUAUUAUUUCCAAGGAAAUAAAUGAAGAAGGAAAAUGUUUGGGCUGUAGUGUUCUAGCAGUAGAAAUCAACCCGAGACGGUUAUAGUGUCAGAGAGAGUUAUGGCGCAGUCUGCCGUAUAAUCACAAGAGGACACACCAAGCUUCCUGCCAUCUUUGUAUUACAGCAAAUUGUAGCCAUCGUGCUAGAGAGCAUUCUGUAGUGUACUGAUGGAAAAGUAUUCCAGCACUUUUGGAACUUGCAGUAAGAUUGUUGCUGAGGAUGUAGCAGACGUCUGGGGACUGGCUGGAGAUUUCCAGAGAACAGCUGCUGAAGUUGCGUCUGUAUGUGUCAGCGGGAACUCUGAGCUGCACAAAUCUUUUAUAUUAAUCAAGGGCUGUAGGCCCCGCCUCAAACCACUGUCGAACUCCUUAAAACCUGUAUUUGUUGUCUCAGUUAAAAAUGCUUUGUGGAAUUUACACUUGUGACAUUUUUUGUAUCAAAAGCAUUUUUAUAUAAUAAAGGUUCUAUUUUAAGGAA